UUGUUCAUUGUUGGUCUUUGUAAUAAUAAAUAUUUGUUACGAAUUAAAUAAAUAUGAAGUGUAAAAUACAUACCUUUUCGGAUUUCGAAGUUAUUUUAUUAUGCAAUUAGCUCAUAAUUUAAAAUAAUAAAGCUUAUUGAAGCAUUUUCAAAACCAUGGCUGAGGAAGAAUUAGCAUAUAUGUUGCAUCUGCUUGAUAACAUUACUGAUGAUAUUUACGAUGAAUUUACACGGCUAUUCAAUGAAACAGAUGAAAGAAAGACUAUUACAUUGACAAACCAGAUUGUACAGUUUCUUAAAAAUAAUUUGAGGACCAAUCCUGUAACUACGUGUGAAAUUAUAAAAUAUAUGCAACAGCUUAUAUCUGAUACAGAGCUGCUUAAAAUAAACUCAAUAAUAAAUGAAUUUAUACGAGAUGGAAUCACGGAAAAUGAUGCUGAUAAGCUAAUAACAACACUAGCAAUAACAAAAUGGAAUGAAGAAGCAACAUAUUCCAAUGAUUUACUUAAACAAAUAGGGGGUGAUAGUUUCAAACAGCACAGAAAACAAGUGCUGAUUAGUUUAAUCCCUCAAAAUAAACCUGAGCUUAUACAUUUGUUUACUGAUAUGAUAUACAGAGAUGAUCUGCAAAGAGAAUUUAAACUCACAGCAGAUUAUAUGUUAGAACUAUGCUAUGAAGAGAAAAUUCAUUGGCUGCUUAAAGCUGCUGCAGUGUAUAAACAAGAACUGCAUGAUAUGAAAACAGUUACAUUUGAAAUUAAUAAUUUUACAAAGCAAUUACUAUUUUUAGUGCUUAUUGAUCUUACAAAUUGCCCGGAAUCAUAUGAUUUGCCAUCAUUGAUCAAUCAACUGACCAAUAUAUAUUCAAUACUUGAUAAUUAUACAACAUCUGACAAACAGUUACAGUUUUAUCUAAUUGAAAUUAAAAGAGAACUAACUCUAAUUAAGUUUUGUAUGGAAAAUAAUUGUAAAAUUCUGAGCACUUCAAUAUUUAAUCAAGUUUUAGUUCAGAGUGCAUUGACAGUCAUAUCACAAGUCUGCAGGCUCUCUAGAGUAGAUAGAUAUAAAGUAUCUAAGCUUUUGACCAUGAACAAUGAUUACAUUUAUGAACUUCAAUGUCUAAGCAAUAAGCAGGUUGACACAAAGAGCCAUCGUGAUGCAGUCUGGGAUAUUUCAACAUAUAAUAGUUAUUGUAUAAUUACAAAGGUAAUUGACACUAUAUUAAAUUCAUCAGAAGGUUCAGAAAACAUGCAGGAAAUUAAUAGUGCUAUGGAAGAAAUUAAAAGAUUGGUAUUGGCUUUGCAACCUUUACAUUGUUGUAUUGAAGUCAUAGAAAAUAUAUUUUCAUGUUUAUUUUUGAGAUAUGAAUACUUUUCUUGCUAUGAACACAACCAGGACAUUCCCUGUGGGACACACUCAGAAUGUUCUUACUUUUAUUCAAAAAAACAAAAUAAAAGCAAAGAAAUUGUGAAGAACUCAAAUACAGGAUUCAUAUGCAGCUCUUUUACAACACAAGAAAUUCUGAAUAUGCUUAAAAUGUGUAUAGAAAUACUAUCAAAAAAGAUAGGUACCCAAGAAAUUAAUAUCUCCACAAGGUUUAAAAGAUUAGCAGAUGUUGUUAACCACUCAAUAUGGAAAAUGCAGUUGGUAUCAACUCUACCACCAGACACCAGUCCAGCACAAUUAAAACUGUGCAUGGAUUAUGUGAAAGUUGACAACAGCAGUGAGGAUGAUGAUUCGGAAUUCGAUAUGAGAAUGAAGAAGAAACCUAAAGUCCGGAGACGGUUUACUAAUCCAAAACCUGAACCUGGUAAAACUAUGUUGACAUCUACUAUUUCAGCUGAUGAAGCCUGCAGUGUGAAAAGGAAUACAAUAGACUUUAUAUCAAUAAUGUUGGCUAAACCAAUCUGUCUGGUUGCAUUAGCUUUACACCAUAAUGAUUUCCCAAAAGCUAAUCAAAUAUUAGAGAUGUUUGACCUAUUUGAUUCAGAAAUAGCAACGGAAGUGGCGUUCACAGAACAACUGAGGAAUUUAAUCGCAAAAUUAAAGAAUAUAAUUUGUUAUCGCGAUUGUUCACGAUAUCCGAGCAAGGAGCUUUCAGCGCUCUCCGUUGUUUCGACAGAAGUAAUGGGCCUCGUGGAAGGCUUCUUAGCUGCAAACAGAGCACCAAAUUCCUUUGAUGUCAUAGAAUUAGGCUCUCGUCAUCCACACUUGCAACUUUACACCCACAAAAAUUCACCAUUUAUAAAUGCAGUUGACAUUCUCAUUAGUAGUGGCCUAAAUAGAGAAAUAACCUAUGGCCUUAUUAAUGUUGUGGAGCGAAAACUAGCCGAAGUUCGAUCUGGUACAGAUACCACAUCAUCGAAAAAUACUAAAAAUUAUAUUAAAUUUGUAGAAGAUAUAGCAAGUGUUACAUUUGAAAUAUUCGGCAAUACUGAUAGUACAUUUACGUACGGAGAUAAUAUUUGUGAGCUCAUAACAGACUGUCGAAUACCUAUCAAACAUAAAGAUUUCUGCAAACUCAACCAGCUGUCCAGGGAAUUAAAGCAAUGCUGUGGAGACCUAGAGGUAAUUGUAAAUUCAAGUAGGUCAAAGGAGUUAGAUUCGAGCGUCUUGCAGAAAUAUCACCAAAUUUAUAUGAAUGUAGUAGCUGCAUCCGAUAAGGACUUGUGUAACAUUGCAGAAGUAACUCAAUAUAACAACAAGAAAACUAGAGUUCAUUAUCUCAGAAAAUGUUAUAUGUAUGCGAAGUCUGUAUCGCAGCUGAAAGACGAAAAUGUGUUGGAUGAAGCACAAUUAACAACGGCUGCACCAUAUUUUGUUAUACUGGAAAGGCAUUUGCAUGAUAUAUUUGGAAAUAUGAUAAACAAUCAGGAUUUGCCUAUAACGCAUUUGGAAGCCAUAUGUAAGAAACUUAAUGUAAAUCUCAUACCCAAGCUUAUUUUAAACUUUUGUCCGUCGAUAACAUUAGUGGAAUUGUCGAAUGAAGCAAGUGAAGAAAGUUUCAAUAAUCUUCUACAUUUCGUGUUUGACUUUAAGAAUCCUGAGGAGAAACUGUUUAUUGAGCCUAUAGCUGACUUUGCUCCUUUACCACGCACGCCGGACCCGCAAUGUCUGACAUAUGUUAUUUUACACAAUUGGGUUCUCGCGCAUAUUAUAAAGAAAAUUCAUACGGCUCUUAACGAUACUGAUAUGCAGCAAAGUAUAGAUGCGCGAACAAAAUGCUUAAAUAAAUUUAUGGACCUAGAAAGAUUCGAUCAAACAAAAGUUUUAUUCAAUAACAACAAAUAUCUGGCAUCAUUGCACACUACCAUUGACUUGGAUCAACUGUUUUCAUAUUUGCCUAAACUAUUGGAAUGUGGAAAGAUUUUGCAAUGUUUGAGAAUAAUUGAUUCGCUUUCAGAACGACAAGUCGCACAAAGUGCAAAUUUAAAUAAUUUAAAAGAUUUAAUUUUGUAUAAGUUAUCUACUAACUCUAUGAUAAAUCAGAAUUGGAAGUUUUGUCAGCAUGUUAAAUGUCCUGACUUGAAGGUGGAUUUGAUAUUUAACAAUUUGAAUUGCUGGACGCCGGAGGGUGCUCUAGAAUUGGUAGAUUACUUACGAUUCCUAUUGGGCAAAUCACCCAUCGAAGAUGAUUUUUACGCGAAGUGCAGUAAUUGGAUCGCCAAAAUACCCAUAUAUGACCAGAUAUCAUCUAUACUAGGAACAAAUAAUUGGUAUAAUACUUAUGAAAAAUCAAUAGAAAGUCCAGAACAUAUUGUAGAAGUGCUUAUGGAUAAUCAACAGUUUAAAUUGUGUUUGGACUGGGCCGAUUUACAUAAUGUAUCAGAUCACAUGAAAAAUUUGAUAAUUAUCAAUUUACUGCGGCAACUGUUUGAAUUUUCAAAUUUAGCAACACCCAGUGUAGUCCGGGGGCUUCUUCAUCGACUGUCGCCGUCAGAAGCUUUGAAUUUAAUCCUGGCUGAGAUACAGAAAGUUAGAAACAUCGAAAUUAUCAAAGUUUGCCUCGAGUUUAUCAACGACCAUUCAAUUUCUUCGAAGGCCUUCGAAAAUAUUAAAAUCGGUCUACACAUAGUUUUAGAAAUGGAACCAAAUUUGAGGCAUCUUUUUUGGGAUUUAACGGAGAAACCUAUUCUGAUGAUCGAACAAUUGCUAAUGAAUGGCAAGUUGGACAUUCUCAAUGAAAUCUUGAAUAAAAUUUCGCCUCAUUUAAAGAACGACUCGAGUGGAGAUUAUCUUUAUUAUAAUAUGAAAACAAUUGAAUCGGUGACUAUAUCUCGCAACGCUGUUGAUUCCUUGCUUAGGUUCUAUGCUGAGAAGGCAUUGGAUAUGAUUAGUAUGGCAAACGCUGUUACACGACCUUCACCGCCGAAACCUUGGGACGAUGCAUUGCUGCUAUCGAUUGAUUCGAUAAACUUGGAGGGGGUGUCGAAACCCUUCGUGAUGCCGGAACAAGUACCGACCAAGGAGCAGUGGGUGAAAGACUACACGGUGGAUAGAUGCAUGCUAUGCAGAAUAUCGAUAUUCUCACUCAUCAUCCGCCGCCACCACUGUCGGCGCUGCGGUCGCGUCGUUUGCCACGCUUGCUCAACAAGUAGAAUGCAGGUGCCAACAUAUCCGAGUGGUGUUAAAUUCCGCGUGUGCGAUGACUGCUACACGCAGACCACGAACACGAUAAGAAGUUCAGAUAAUGACAACAUGAUAAUGAGCAGCGAUUCCUCCGCGGGUAGUACUGCCAACUGCCUGGACUGGUGUCUCUCCACCGCGGACAAGAAGAAUGCUGCGGUACGAGCAGAGUUCAGUUACGAGUUCACCCCAAAUGUGACACUCUGUUUGUCCAUUAUGAAGAUGCAUACUAUUAAUCUGGAUUAUCCCAGGUUCCUGUUAGACCGCAGCGACGAGCUAGCGCGGGAGUUGUGUGAGGGCAGCUGCGGGGACUCGCGCUGGCUGGUCCGGGCACGGCGCUCCCUGCUGCUGGCGGCUGCGGAGCUAUACUCGAGGACAGCAGUUAAGAAGUCGGGGUGCCAGACAGCGGAGACGGGCGCAGCGCACGUUUCUCGCUGCCUGUCCCACGUGGAAGCUAUGGCCACCCUGGUGCAGCAUCAGGCACAGCAUCUGGUGCCGCAGCAUGGAGCACAUCCUAGUCAAAUGGUUCGAUCUCUGCUCGAGGCUGAAAAAUGGGAGCUAGCACUGGAGAUUGCGACAAAGUCUGGCAUUCCGCGGACAAGCGUGCUCGCCGCUUGGGGCAAGACGUGUCUGAAGGCCGGCUGCUACAGAGAGGCCCGAAGGAAGUUCGCGCUCUGUUUCAAGACGUCGCCCAAUGUAUUCGUAGACGGUUCAGAUGAGCUGGAAUACGGCAAGGAAGCGUCUGAAGCUCAUUUUGUAAGGAGACAGAAUAGCAGGAGUUCGGGUUCCGUUUCCACGACGGGGCCGGCGGAAGUACGCGUCCGAAACAACCCGCCCCUUUUGAAUGAAAUCAUUAAAAUGCUUGAAAAUAUUAACUAUCCCGUCAAUCAACAUUUGCUUGAUAAAGCUGAAACCAUUAAGACAACUAAUGAAACAUUAUCAUCAAUGAACACAGGCAAGAAAAAGCUUCCAUUUACUGAACCAGCACUGAACAUAAUGCACAUGUUGGCGAGCGUCAAACGUAUUAAACAGGGAGACUACAGCGACCUGCAUACGGCUCCCGUACACCCGAAGAAGUCUCUGGCUCAUGGUCUGCUGCGGAGGAACACUAACGUUGAAGCGAAGCCGGAUCAACGACAUAAACUGGAUUCGUUCUUUUAUAGAGAGUGCGUUUACUAUCUCACCAACUACGGCUCCCACGCGGCAAAUAUCGCGUUUUACAUGAAGCACAGUACUUUGGGUGAAGUGAUACGGUACUGCUAUGAGAACGGCGUUGAUAAGGAGACGUUUACGGAUUCUGUUUACAUGGAGUGUUACAAGAAGGACAAAGUGAGCGAGAUGUUGAAAGCUAUGGGAGACAUGGACAGCUCGUUCGAGAUGUGGUCGGAGUACAUAAUGCACGUGUGCCGCACGCUGGAGGGAGCGCGGCGCGUGGCGGCGCUGUACGCCGUACAAGUCGGCAGCGGGCAGUGGGCGCGCGCGGCCGCGUCGUGCGCGCGGCUGUACGCGCGGCCCGGCGCGCCGCCCUACGCCGCGCUGCUCGCGCGCGCGACGCGCCUGGCCGCCGCGCUGCACCACCUGGCGCAGUGCACGCCCGCGACCGCGCACAAAAUAAACGACCCGAGGUCAAUUCAGUUCAAUCUUGACAGAAAAACCAUAGACAAUCUGAUGACAACAUUUACUCGUCAAAUUGAACUGACAAAAUAUUUGGCCAACUGCGAGGCGGCAAACAGAGUGUCGAACAAGGUUCUGCACGAAAUAAUACCUUCACCAUCUCCGAGGUCGGAGGACACAGACAAUAGACCGCUCACGUUGUUUGGAUCAAACACAGACAAGAUGAGGCUUGUGGCCGGUGUCCUCGUUGGCGGCGCGACCGUCGAUGCUGGAUUUGAUUUGGCCUUCAGAAUUAUAACAGAGCAGAGGUUGGACUCGAUGAACAUAUACAGCCAUGUUGCGAAAUAUCUAGUGAAUACAGACCGGUUUAUGGAAGUAAAGGUGUUGGCGAAGUGUAUACGAGGAUCAAAAGAAACUGCUGCCAGUUUAAUGAGCGACCAAGUUCUGGAAGCGGCCGUGGCGGCGGUGGUGGGUCGCUGCGAGGCCCGCGGGCAGCUGUUCGACGAGCAGGCCGAGCUGCUCAUAGCGGACGUGCACAGCGUCGCCGGCAAGAUAUCCUGUUACAUAAUAUGCCACAAUGUAAGCAGUGCCUACAUAUUGGCAGCCCGGCACGACAGGACAAAUGACUUGCGACGUGUCCUCCAAGAAGCAGACAGGCUUGGUAACGACCAAGUUAGAAAUGCUUGCCUUAAGCGACUUACAUCCAAGAAGUCAUAGGAUUGUUUAUAACUAAAUCAUAUAUAAAGAGGCAUUGAUGAUGUAGUCUGUUUUUAUGUUGUAUGGUUACUAACUGAAUCAUCGUCAUCAGCCGGAAUAUGUCCACUGCUGGACAAAGGCCUCCCACAAGGAUCUCCAUGACGAUUGGUCUUGUGCUGCCUUCAUCUAACUGAAUAAGAUUAUCAUAAUAACAUAAGAUGUAUGAAGUAAUAAAUUGGUGCUCUAUAUGUAACUUUAACACAUUCACUGCUAUCCACAAAGCAGCCAUCAGCAAACCACUAUGUGUCAAAUAGCUGUGAUUUAACAGUGUUAAUAAUUUUUCGUAGUACCCUCAAUUAACUGCUCAUCAUGUACUUAUCAGCAUUAUUGAAUAUACCCCUGGAUCUGACAUAUUUCAAAGAUUAUAAGGACAAACUGAGAAUCUAAACAUUUCUAUUAAAAUAGCUGACACGGAAAAUGUUGUUACAAUAUACAUUAAUAAAAAAUUGCAAUAUAAAGGAAUUUGGGGUAUGAAAUAUAGAUUACCUACAACCAAUUCUCUAAUCUACUGAAUACACAUAUAAAAUAUUAGUCAAGCCGUUUCGGAGUAGUUUGUUAUUUUAUGUAUUUAAAAAUUGAACAAAUGAUUUGGAAUUUUUAAUAACAAAGCAUUUGAUUUUACAUAAAUAGGUAAAAUCAAAUCACAAAUAAUUAAUGAAAUCAUUAAUAAUGUAAAUGAAUGUUGUAUUUUUCUAUCACAUUUACAAAAUGAUCUGGAAAAGUUGCCAUCAUGUAGGUAAAUCAGUUUUUUAAGAAAAUUAUUAUCCCAUAUUAUGGUAAGUAAUUACCUAAAUCAAAUAACAACAUGUGGACAUUGAUGCAGAUGGGCUUAAAAUAUUUAUAAAUUAAUGUACUAAAAUUCAUUAGAAGUACAUACUGUUGCUUUGAAUUGGACUUGAUUUUAAAUUUAACAUAUUUUAUACACUGUAAUUUAACUAACAUUAUUAACUCCUAUAAGCCAAGUUGUAUUAUAUGUUAAGGAAGAUAACAGCUAAUGAAUGAUGUGUAACCAUAUAAGUUAUCUGUACACAUAGAUAUAUAUAUUUUUAUCAUUUUUUGUAUUCGUCUGUGAUUGUUGGGUUUCUGAAUAAAUAAAUAAAUAAGUAUUAUUAAUGGAGCUACCUUAACAGCUCUUAUAUCUCAUUUUUAUAAAUAUAAUAUUGGUGAAACUUGUGAUAAUUAUUGUAUUACCAAAUAGCCAUAUAAUUUCAUGUAAUUGUUUUUCUCUAAGAUAAGGGAGCAUAUUAUUUUUGUUAGCUAUUAUAAAUCAUUUUAAAUUAUGAUGUUAUUAUAUGACGAGAAGACUAAUAAAGUUAGUAAAUAAAAAAUAUAUAAUGUGUAUCUUAUGAACAAUAUAAACAAUGGUGUAAUAAAUAUUAACACAUUAUAAUUUACAUUUGUUUUAUUUCUUAAAAUUAUAAAUAAAAUAAUUGAAGAGGUGGUUAAAUAUCACAGGCCAGUAGGCAAGACUCCAACUCUUCAAAUCUCGUAUGAGAGAAAAGCACAUUUAAUGGACCUCCACCCUCCGCUGUGUUGCUGCAGUUUGUGUCA